AUGGGCCAACAACAGUCUCAGACGGCUAGUAGGGAGCCAGUGGUGCGGAGGCCUCCUACGAGACCUUCAGCUCCACCUAGUGCUCGACCUAUCAGUGACCUUGGUCCCAAAGGACCCAGUUACAACAACCCUGUCAACAAGGUGCUUCCAGCAGUUUUACCCACAAAGCAUCAGCUACGCCCAGUAUCUCAGGAAAUGAGUAAAAUCAUUCCCAACUACAAAGAUAUCUACGCAUAUGAUGUCAACAAUGAUGAUAAUGAUGACAGUGAUAGCCUGGAAACUCAUCACGAGAUAGAAAAUGGACUAAGUAAUGGGAAAAUACCACACAGUAAUGGCAGUAUUCCUAAUGGAAAAGUGGCACAUUCUGAAACAGGAAGUGUGGCUAGUGACAGUAGUUCAUCUGGGCGAACACCAAGUGUGUCGUUUGACCCAUCAAGGAAGUACAAAGUUCAUCGGCGUCAACAGUCUGCUACCUCUAGUCUUUACAGCAGAGAGAACACGAUUGAAGAAGACCCAAAGGAAAGCUUAGAAUUGCGUGGCAAGUUGGAUUCUAUGUCUACAUCCUGUCCUCAGGUGUCUAUUCCAGUCAGGAGUACGUUUGAGAUGGACUCAUCGUUAAACAUGACCUACGCUCAGUUGGCAGAGGCCAGGCGCAAUAAGACUCUCUCAAUGAUAGAACAGAAGACUGGUCGAAGGAUAGAGGAUCUCAGUAAUGAUCUGUCUGAGCACACCAGUCGACCUGUUACAAAUCUAGUUCGGUCCAAUUCUACGAAGUCCACAAAGAGUAUGGAUGCUCUGGAUGGACGAAAGAAAAAGCAACGAGCACCAGCUCCUCCUGUCAAUCGCCCUCCUGCCCCUCCUGCUCCUCCUGUUCCUGUAACGUCAAAAUCUGCUCCUUCAACUCCCCGAGGACCCAUCCGAUCAAUGUCCCAACAGGCACCACAGCGACCGGUACAUCCCCCUCCCAUUCACAAACGUGGUUAUUCAGCACAUUAUGAACCUCCAGUGGACUAUGAUAUGGAAGAUGUGUCCAUUCCUCCUCCCCCACCUCCUCUUCAGGGUAUUCUCAAAACCAGCAAGUCAUACUCAAAGUCGAAGUCAAACGGUGUUGAGUAUGCAGAUGAGGUUCACAAUGAUGGUGUAGAGUACAAUGAUAAACAAAUAAAGGAGAGAAAGCCGCCAUCUCGAACAAACAGUCAAAGAGUUCCCCCAAUUGUGGCCCCAAUAAGACAGGAGGACCCUCUGCUGCUGGAGAUUCAGAGACUGGCAGAGAAGAAAGCCGCAAGACGACAAAUAUCAGAGGAACAAGAAAAAGAAAAGCAACGGGAAGCUGAAGAACAAGAAAAGAAGAGGUUGGCAGAGGAAGAGAUAAUGAAGCAGAAAGCUUCAGAGAAGAAAGAGAUCACAGAAGAGAAGGAAAAAUUACCCGAGGAGAAAUUGACUGGUGCUACCGAUUCCAAAAACAUUAAACCUCCUCUGCAGAAGCAAGAUGCUGUUGAGGAGGUGUCAAAGGUUCCUCCUCCUCCUCCCUCAGUAGUUAGUUCUUCACCUUCCAAACAAGGGACAUCCACAUUGGAAAGGAAGCCAUCCACAACGUCAUCUUCAAGUUCUGCGGACAGUGCAAUGCGACGCCUGAGCUCCCUGCUACAACAUGACAUUAAGAUUGCUGCACAGGCAAAGGCAACUAAAAUUGUCAAGAAAUCUACAAAAGUGAAAGAAAAGCCAAAAGAUCCUUCAGAGGUGUUCAGAGAGCAGCUAGCUAAGGCUGCCUCUGACCGAGAACAGAGGAGCAAGACAGAGAUGAGUAUUGAUGAAUUGAUGAAGAAAAAGCGGGAGGAAGAAAACAAUGUGCCAGUAACAGGUAGAGUAGUGGAGAAAGAAAAUACCACUGAAAUAUCUGACAAACCAGCGGCAAAGAAAGCAGACGCCAGUCGUGUAGAAAAACCAAAGGAGGUCAUCACACUUGACUUGAAUACAAAUGAGUACCCCAAGAAAAGAUUUGAGAAAAAGUCCAAGAAAAAGCAAAGCAAAGCUGCUGAAAAUACUGGUUCUCUUCCGAAUAAUUCCAAACAGCGUCUCCAAGAAUCUGAAUCUGGGGAAGAGAAGGAAGGGGAGAUAAAUGAUGUUCGAAACUCUAGUAUAUACACUCGGGAAGACUGGACACCGGAAGAUGAUUUAGAUUCAGAUGACAACUUGUCUGAUAAGGAUCAGAUGGUGACAUCACGUGGUCAGGUUCAGGGCUUUAAGUCAACUAUAGUACCAAACAAGGUCAAUGACCUCAAAUAUAAAGAAAAGAAGGGCAAGAGUAAAGAAAAUAAAUACACAAAGCGAAACUCAGAUAUGGGGACUGAUGAAAGGAGGAAGUACGAUAGUAUCAAGAGAUUCAAAAAAACAGUUCAUAAAAGUGUCAGGAAUGCAUUCGGAUCCAUCAGCAAAGCAGGGGGCAAGAUUCUUAAUAGGCAAAAAUCUGAAGAUUUGGAGGUCGUCAAUGAACCACCACCUCCACCAAACUGGAAACUCAGGAGUUCUGUAUCAGCUCCUCAAGCCAUGAAUCAGAACUUUGAGUCAGAGCAGGCAUUGAAAUACAUGGUACCUCAUGGCUUCAGUGAUCAUAACUCUGAUUCCUCGGAUGAGGACUAUGGAAAGAUGCAUGUAAAUUUCGGUCCUGAGGAUGAUGAAACAGAUGAAGAUGAGGAUAGUGAAAAGGAAGAGAUCCAUCAAAUGAAGCGAGCUGGUGUUGCUUAUAUUGGUAAGAAAGGUCAGAUUGUCGUCCUUCCAGAAUAUGAGAAUGUGCCAACUGGAAAGGAUAGGAAGAAUGCUGUUGAAUUUGAAGGUCAUGCACCCAAGAUUUACCAGAAAAAGAAGAAGUUCACAUUUGAUGACACAGUGCGUAAAAAGGAACGGUUAAAGAGGGAGGAGAUCUUGAAUGAGGAGGUGAAAAGGGAGGAGGAAAAGAGAGAGGAAGAAAGACUCAAGGGAGAAGCAAAGGAGAAGGAAAUGGAAAGAGUACGUGAAAUGGAGGCUCGAGAACGACUCCAAAGGCUUGAGACACAAGCUCAAAUACAGCAACAGUUAUUACAACAACAACAAAUGGGGAUCCUUUCUGCCCCACCUCUUCCCCCUCCAGCCGGCUUCCAGCAGGGAUACAACGCUUCUGUGGACUAUUCCCAGCUCUUGUCCCAGACAAACCUCCCACAGUCAGGCUACAACAUGCCAUUCGGCUCGCAGCCAGUGUUCUCUGCCCCUAUGUAUUCAGGUGUGCCUAACAUGUCCCUGGAAGACUUUUCGCAGUACAUGAGAAUGAUGAGCAUGCAGGGGUCUGCACCAAACCCACAGCAACAGUACGCCUUCAUGUUAAAUAGUGUUAAUCUGACUAAUCAGAAUGGAUUUGAUAGAAUGCAGGGUGGUGGUCUUCUUCAUAUGCUUGGUCAUCAGGACAGUGCCAAAUAUUUCAAAACAUCUUCUCAGGAAUACUUAGAUAGUGACAGAAAUCAGGUGUUCAAUAACUGGAUGGGACCAACCAAACAGCCUGCCUCUAAGGCUACUGUUGUACCCACCCCACAAAUAGUGCAAUCCUCUGGCGACGGGACAGUCAGUGCAAAUUCUGUGACAGUCAGUGGGCCGCGAGUGUCCACACACAGUGGUGGUCAGAUUAGAACAAACAUUAUGGUGAAUGAUGAUGAAUCAGAUAUGUCUGACGGUCUGUCACCACAGAAUGCUGCCUUGGCCUCGGCAGGUGUCACAACAACCAAUGUUAUCCCCAGAAUUAUCAAUGGUUUUGAUGAGGAUGGGGGCCAUCGGACUAAGAUCUCUGUUAGUGGAUCCCAAAAGCAACGAGGUGUUAACAGACAAACAAGCUUUUCCUCUGUCAGUUCUCAUCCAGGCAGUGAGACAAGUGCGGAGAGGUGAUCAAUAUCUUUAUUAUAUCCACUGUACAUAGACUGACCAUUCAC